GAGCUGACGGGCAGCAGUGUGUUUGAUUACGUUCACCCGGGCGAUCAUGUGGAGAUGGCCGAGCAGCUGGGCAUGAAGCUUCCACCGGGCAGAGGGCUGCUGUCUCAGGGCGGCGGGGCCGAGGACGGGGCCAGCUCUGCCUCUUCUUCCUCUCACUCUGAGACACCUGAGCCAGUGGAGUCGAACAGCCCUAGUCUUCUGUCGCCGGAUAACAUUCUAGAACGUUCCUUCUUCAUCCGUAUGAAGUCCACGCUCACCAAGAGAGGCGUCCACAUCAAGUCCUCUGGAUACAAGGUUAUCCACAUUGCCGGCAGGCUGCGGAUAAGAAUGGCAUUAACACACAGUCGUUCGGUACCCAAUCAAAUCAUGGGCAUGGUUGUGAUGGCACACGCACUUCCUCCACCAACCAUCAAUGAGGUUCGGAUCGACUGCCAGAUGUUUGUUACACGGGUCAACAUGGAUCUCAACAUCGUCUACUGUGAAAACAGAAUCAGCGAUUACAUGGACCUGACACCUGUCGACAUCGUAGGGAAGAGAUGUUAUCACUUCAUUCACGCAGAGGACGUGGAAGGCAUUCGGCAAAGCCAUUUAGACCUGAUGAAUAAAGGUCAGUGUGUGACAAAGUAUUACCGCUGGAUUCAGAAAAAUGGAGGUUAUAUCUGGAUCCAGUCCAGCGCCACUAUUGCAAUCAACGCCAAGAACGGCAACGAGAAAAACAUCAUCUGGGUCAACUAUGUACUCAGUAAUCCAGAGUACAAAGACACACCCAUGGAUAUCGCACAGCUGCCUAACCUGCCAGAGAAAGCAUCAGAGUCCUCAGAAACAUCUGAUUCUGAAUCCGACUCCAAGGAGAACUCUGACAACGAAAACUCCAAGUCAGAUGGGAAGGGCAAUCAGUCUUCCGAGAACAGUGAAGAUCCAGAGUCAGACAGUAAGAAACAGACGGGCCGGCCACCAGAGCAAGAGAUGAGACGACAGGAGGAAGGAGACAGUUCCAGCAAUCCAGAAAGUCAGGACAGUGAUGAUAGUCUGGAACCUUCUGACUGUGAAACUGACCACAAGGAGUGCCGCCUGGGUGGUUUACAUAUAAAGGUGGAGCGCUAUGGUGACGGUGAGGUGGAGGAACUGCAGGACUCGCCCUCCUCUUGCUCCUCCUCAGAAGAAGAGGAUGAGGUGGAAGAUAUUGUAAAGGACUGCAACAGUGGAGGAGAGCUGAGCGGGCCAGCAAUGAGUAAACACCAGAAGAGAAAGAAGAGGAGAAAAAAGCAGAAAUGGGAUGGUAGUCGGCAACGUCUCUGUCUGUCUCCCUCAGCGACUACUACCCCCAGCCCUGGCAGCCUGGACCCCACCCUUGGAGACCAGCCUCCCCUCCUGCUUCCACCCUCCCCAACCAGUUCCUCUGUGCUGAAGAUCAAGACUGAGAUGUCAGAAACUAUAAACUUCGACAACGACAGCAGCAUCUGGAACUACCCACCCAACCGAGAGAUCUCCCGCAACGAGUCCCCCUACAGUAUGACAAAACCCCACGACACCUUCCCUUCUCCCCCGCCUGCCGGCCUGCAGGUGUCCAUCCCGGACUCUGUCCUCACUCCACCUGGUGCCGAGGGUGGAGGAGGCAGCAGAAAGCCCAACUUCAGUGGCAACAGUAGCAGCGGCUACAGUGCCCCCACCUCUGUGUCCAGUGCAACUCCGGGCAGCUUGGUUCCUCAUUCCAGUUCCACCAUCGCUGACCCGCUCUCCCCACCUCUCUCGGCCUCACCACGGGACAAGCAGCAGGGUACACCCACCUCCUCCGGUUCCCUGCUCUACACCAGUGACCUGGAAGCCCUGCAGAGGUUACAAGCGGGGAACGUGGUACUUCCAUUGGUGCACAGAGUCACAGGCACGCUUGCUGCCACAAGCACUGCUUCCCCACGAGUCUACACCACUGGAACGAUCCGAUAUGCCCCGGCAGACGUCAGCCUGGCCAUGCAGGGCAACCUCCUGCCUAAUGCCCACACCGCUGUGAACUUUGUGGAUGGGCCCGGCUUUGGCAUAGACCCCAAGACGCCCAUGGAGAUGCUGUACCAUCACGUGCACCGACUCAACAUGUCCACCCCCUUUGGGGGUGCGGUCAGCGGAGCCGGCCUCACGCAGAUGCCAGCUGCUAAUGUCUUCACCACAGCAGAGGGACUUUUCUCCACGCUUCCGUUUCCCGUCUACAGCAAUGGCAUCCACAACACACAGACUCUGGAGCGCAAGGAGGAUUGAGGCAAAACAUCGAGACCAUAUUACUGUGUUAAAAAGACUCUUCUGAGGCAAAAGACUGUGUAUCAAAGUUGGGGAAAAGUGAGAUGUUCUAGCACUUUGAAUUUUGAGCAAUUGAGCUUGUGUAACUGAAAUGAAUGGUUUCUCUUCCUGUGUCUUUCUAUUUUUUCGACUUUCUUCUUUCUCGCCUCCUUACACAAGUUCUUGAUGACGGUUUCUCUAAACAGACUCAUCUCUAUUGUAAAGAGUUCCUUUUGAGCCACAGGGAAUUCAUAGCACUGUAGCGUAUGUUUUCUCUGUGGUGAGAUAUUUGUCCAGAGUAUGUAACAUCCUCAUUAGGAUGUCUUAAAGGUAUUAGAAAAAGAAAAUCGACAAGAAAGGAGAUUGUUCAUGUUUCUAAAGGUAUCUUGAUGUAAUUGAGAUUGAUGCUGACAAAAGGAUGUUACCCUGUUUGAUGUAGUUCAAAGGGUUUUAUGGUUCUUUCUAAAGGGGGAAUAAUAUUUUAAAAAUAAUGCUUUUUCUUCGUUUUUUAUAGCUCAACAUAACUUGCAAAUCAUGCAUUUUAAAAAAGCAAUUUUAGCCGGGUAUUGACCUGUGAAUAGAAUGUUACUAUAAAAUCCCAGGACAUGGAACAGG